AAUCACUACUUUUUCUCUUAUCUGAGGUAUAAAAUGUCUCGUGAGCUGCAUUGCUGAACUGCAGAAGGAACCUGAUGAAAAGCAACUGUUUUGAAAGCUUUGAUCGCGGGAAAAGAUUGAUUCAAAGAGGGGGUAAACAAAUGUCUCCAAGAACGCGAGCUACUGCAGGAUUGUUGAAUACACCUGCAAGCAACAUGGAUAUGAAUGAAGAAUACGGGCAGGAUACACCUACUCCCAUGCUGAGGAGGGGUGAAAUGGGAUCUCAAACUGGAGGUCAAAUGAAUGAAAACACCAUGAUUCGAAUGAUGAUGGAUUAUAUGAAGAAACAGGACAAAUGAAUGAAAAUGCUCAUACAAAAGCUAGGGAGCAACUCAAGCUCUCUGUCAACUACUCAGGACUCUAUUAGUGAGUAUUGAAAGGAUGCUAAGAUCAAGCUGGAAGAAAAGCAUGUAAUCAUUCUCAAUGAAUCUGUCAACUACUU